UUGAACUUCUGAUGUGAUGGAAAGCCAUUACAAGUAGGCCAACAGAGGGUCUGAUUAUACACUUUCUCUAGGCAUUUGGGCUAUCAAACAGCGAUUUCAUGUGAAACUUGUUUCAGGACGAUACAGGAGAAAGAUGGGAAUGUUCGUGGUGGUAGAGCUUUCCAUGGUUACAUGGCGCUGAGAAGUGGAGGGUGUGCAUGUAAUCAGAAAAAACUGCCUGAAGAGGGGAGGGGCAUUUUCUUCGCUGCUCGCCAGCAGCAAUUCGCCUAAAAGAAAAGCCUUGGUUCGAGACUCUUCGGACAGAAACAUCUUUGAAAUGGGAACCAAGAAAGCGGUUUUGUUCAAUCUGUGGGGAGUUGUUGUUUCUCCAGGACCUGCAGAAACUUUCCUCAAAUUCGAAGAAACUCACAAACUCCCGAGGGGUUUCCUGGGGAAGGUUGUGGCAAAUAAGGACAGUGCCAUGAAACGAGCAGAGAGGGGCAAACUCACACUGUCUCAGAUGAUCCCAGAGUUUGACGCCGAGUGUGUGAACUCAGCGUCAGAACAGAACGUGAAUCUCCCUGACGGGUUCUCAGUGAGAAGCCUUUUAGAAGAACUCAGAGAGAGGUCCACUGUCAACGCAAAUGUUCUGCAGACUGCAGCUACACUCCACAGAGAAGGGUUGCUGACAGGUGUCUUAGCCAACCGGUGGGUGGAUGACAGUGGGUGUGGCUCUAGCUCCGGCCGGCUCCUCAAUCUGCUGGCUGGCCAUUUCGACGUGGUGCUGCAGUCCUGUCGUACCGGCCACAGGGUCCCGGAGGCUGACCUGUUCACCUCUGCUCUCACACAGCUGGGAGUGUCUCCCAACCAGGCUCUGUGGUUGGCUGAUGAUGAUGAGGGGGUGGGAGCAGCAGAGGCGUUAGGCAUGACCGCUGUCUUUGUGAAGGACCUGACUGAAGCUUUAAAACAAGUGGAGGUCUUCGCUGGACUACAGGCUAUAAAAGGGGAAAUCUUACCAGCCGUUUGCAGCACAGAGACCGUCUCCCAUGGAUACGUCAGCAUCAAGCCUGGUGUUAAAGUACACUAUGUUGAAAUGGGGGCGGGACCUCCUGUCUUGUUGUGUCAUGGCUUCCCUGAGUCCUGGUAUUCCUGGAGGUACCAGAUCCCGGCCCUUGCUGAUGCAGGGUUUAGGGUGUUAGCUCUGGACAUGAAGGGCUUUGGGGAAUCCACAGCUCCUCCAGACAUAGAGGAGUACUCACAGGAACAGAUCUGCCAGGAUCUUGUGACUUUCAUGGAUAAAAUGGGUAUUCCCCAGGUGACUCUGGUUGGCCAUGAUUGGGGUGGAUCUUUUGCCUGGAACAUGGCCCAGUGUCAUCCAGAGAGAGUCCAGGCUGUAGCAUCUCUGAACACUCCUCUGUUUCCUGUGGACCCCUCCAAAAACCCCAUGGAGUUCAUGAAGACUGUGCCCAUCUUCGACUACCAGGUCUACUUCCAGAAACCGGGUGUAGCUGAGGUUGAACUGGAGAAGAACCUGGCAAGGACCUUCAAGAUCUUCUUCCGUGGCAGUGGAGAGGCUGAUGUUCCAUCAUUAAGCACUGCUGGAGUUUGUGCCAGAGGUGGUCUGCUUGUUGGACUGCCAGAGGAGAUCCCCAGGAGUUCCAUGCUAAGUGAGAAUGCCCUGCAGUUUUACAUCAAUCAGUACAAAGACAAGGGAUUCAGGGGACCGUUGAACUGGUACCGAAACACAGAGCGCAACUGGAAAUGGCUAUGCUCUAGACCCAGGGCUAAGCUGCUGAUGCCAGCUCUCAUGGUGACUGCUGGUAAAGACCCUGUCCUGCUGCCUGUCUUUUCCAAGGGAAUGGAAAACUUGAUCACCAACCUCACCAGAGGACACAUUGAGGAGUGUGGCCACUGGACCCAGAUGGAAAGGCCUUCGGAGUUGAACACCAUUUUGAUUUCCUGGCUGAAGGACACCCACAACAAUAUUGGGGUUGCCAUGACACCCAAGCUGUGAUCAGUAACCACGAGUACCUUAAUACCAUAGUGCAGUUUUUUAUUCUUUGCCACUAUCAUUUAGUGAAUGAUCAAAGUGACUAUGGAUAGGGCUGUGACUUCAGAAUUUGUUCUAUACUGUAUCAUCAUGUUAGAGUCAUGUGACUUCAGAAAAUGUUAAGUACAUAUAGAAUGCUAUGCUGUAUUGACAGUAAAUGUAUUGGAAUUAAUUUCAUAUUCUUACGUAAGCCUAUAUUUGUAAUGAUUUGUUCAAGCUUAUUAUUUGCUGCUUAAAUUCAAACUGAAAGACUUUUAAAGUAUUUUUUCAACAAUAUUAUUUUAAAAAUAACUAAAAAACUCUCUAAAUCCUAAUUGAAGUCACCACCCACCCAUUGAGAAGUUUCAGUUUUUGCUUUUCUGAUUUUCCUUUUAUGUCUCCUCUUAUACUGCAUGAUAGUGCAGUAUAAGAAAUACCUCACAGCUGACUAUAAUUUACAUGAAAUUUUCUAGUCUGAAAUUGCAUUACCCAAUUUACUCUAUUGUAUCUAUCCCAGCUUCUAUUGAUGUUUGCUCAUGCACAAACUCCCUGCAGCAAAAUAGAAAGUAAACCCAACACUUUUAGCAUGGAUUUAAUCUUUCUUUUCAUUAGACAUUUAAUAAGAAAGUGGUGAUUACAUAUGCGGCUCGAAGUGAAGCUGCAAUCUACAGUAUUAUUAAAUUCUCACUUUGCAACAAAGGAUCAGAAUGUGGUACGUAGGAGCUUGGCCACAUUAAUGAUCGGUGAGAGUUUAGAGUGUCAAUUUUUUAGGAGUGACUUUGCUGAUGGCUACCACUAUGUUGGCUGAGGUGUUAUUGCUAAUCCUGAGUUAUGUGGUUUUCCUUCGCAAAGUCAUUCUGGAUAAGGCUAUCUGCUAAAAAACAAAGACGUUUGAAUUGUUAUUAGCUUUAUUAACUUGCUGCCAUACCAUCUUAAUAUGCCUUCUAACAACCAUAAAAAUCAAUGUUAUUCAAGAAAAAUGUGUGUUUGUGUGUAGAUAGAUAUAUAUAUAUAUAUAUAUAUCUCUAUCUAAAAAAGAUAAUUAAAGAAUUAUUAUUUGA